AUGGCCAUCUCCAUUCCCAUCGAUGCGAUCACCUCGCGCUUCGGUGAUCGUUUCAACAACCUCCGCAACACCUCUCUGAGCUCCCGAUUUGCCAACUUGCGUCCCGUUUCCGAGUUCCUGGACGUCAAGCGCAUGUCCAAGCCCGCCAACUUCGGAGAAGCCCAAGGCCGAGUCAACUACAAUCUGUCCUACUUUUCCAGCAACUAUGCUGCUGUCUUUGUUAUGCUCAGCAUCUACAGCUUGCUGACCAACCUGAAGCUGCUGUUCGACAUCAUCUUCAUCAGCGCUGGACUGUACGGUAUUGGCUUGCUCGAGGGUCGUGAUCUGGACCUGGGUUUCUCCCGCUUCACAACAUCCCAGCUCUACACUGGACUCCUCAUCAUCGGUGUUCCUGUCGGCAUCUGGGCCUCGCCGAUCUCCACUGCUCUGUGGUUGAUCGGCGCCACUGGUGUGACCGUCUUCGGCCACGCCGCACUUAUGGAUAAGCCAAUCGAGAAUGCUUUUUCCGAGGAGGCGGUCUAG